AUGAAUUCUCAACCAAUGGUUCCAAUGAGCGCCUUGACUCGUGAGAGCUUACAAAACGUUCUUGCAAAAAUACAAGCAAAAAAAGCACAAGGCGCUACGGAAGCUAAUGACGCAGAAUAUGCACACCUAUUGAAUAUUUUGAGGGUAUAUCAACAGCAAAACCAAAACUAUACUGCAACCACGUCGCCAGCCGGAACGACAGUAACAGCAGCCGCAGCAAGAGGUUCAGCGGCAUUAGUGGGAGGACACCAAACUACAAAUACUACUGCUACAGCAACUUCUACAACCCAGGCAACAAUGGCUCAAGCAUCUAGUCCUUUGACACCGGAACAAUUAAUGGCAUUAAAAUAUCAAAUUCUUGCAUUCAAACAUAUUAAUAAGAAUUUACCUGUUCCGUCACAAUUGCAACAAGCAAUGUUCACAUCAAAUAACAAUAUAACUAAUACCAAUAGUGUGCCAGCUGAAACGGUCACUUCAAAAAUUGUUGAAGCCGCAUACAAUCAUAGCACAUCUCCCGCGCAUCUAGACGCCGCUUCCGCCGCGACAAAUAUCGGAUCUGGGGGUGGUAAUGUUGGAGCCGGAGCAUACAACGCCUACACAGAUCCAUACACAUACCUAAAAAAUCUGAAUAAUGUAGCCCAAGGGAAUUUUUCGCGACAACAGCGGAUGUUGGUGCCGAGUAUCACGCCGGUGGGUCUUGAUCCGCAUGCAAUAGCUCAAGAACGCGAAAAUAUCAUCAAUGCGAGAAUGGAAGCUAGAAGGAAAGAGUUGGAGAAAUUACCAUCUAAUUUGGCGAACGAUACGUUGAAAUAUGGAUCAUCCAAUAAAGAUUACUCAUCCACAAAAUUGAAAGCAUUGAUUGAACUAAAAAGUCUUCGUCUUGUCGACUUGCAAAGAAGAGUAAGGCAUGAUUUUAUUAAAAGCAUGUCGAAAGGUACUUCAUUGGCAACCUCGGCGGAGCGUGCAGCUUUCCGACGAAUGAAAAAACAGACUCUUCGGGAAGCGAGAAUCACCGAAAAACUUGAACGCCAACAAAGAAUUGAAAAAGAACGAAGAGAAAAGCAAAAACACCUGGAUUACUUGCAAAGCAUAUGUAAUCAAGGUCGUGAAAUGACUCAGGCCCAUAAAGCACAUCAAGCAAAACAACUAAAACUAGGCAGACAAAUACUCGCUCUUCACGCGCAAAUCGAAAAAGAAGAACAAAAACGAAUGCAACAAACUGCCAGAGAACGUCUUCAAGCUCUUAAAGAGGACGACGAACAAAAGUAUCUCAAACUUAUUGAUGAGGCAAAGGAUAAACGUAUCACACAUUUACUUAAACAGACCAAUAAAUACUUGGAAUCGUUGGCGCAGGCAGUUAUCGCCCAACAAAAUGUUGAACUUCAUCACGAUCCAACUGUACGCGGAGGUGUAGAGAUGAUGGACGAUGAAGAAGGAACAUCCUUUGCUCUAUCGGAUGGUCAAAAAAUUGAUUAUUAUGAUGUCGCCCAUCGUAUCAAAGAAGAAGUCGAGCAACCUCAUCUCUUGGACGGAGGUCUCCUUAAGGAUUAUCAAAUUAAGGGCUUGCAAUGGAUGGUUUCGUUGUAUAACAAUAGAUUAAAUGGCAUUUUGGCUGAUGAAAUGGGAUUAGGAAAAACAAUUCAAACUAUUUCACUUAUCACCUAUCUGAUUGAGAGAAAGAAACAAAAUGGGCCAUUCUUAAUCAUUGUUCCAUUAUCGACACUAACAAAUUGGACCAUGGAAUUUGAAAAAUGGGCACCAGAAGUGACAAAAUGUGUCUAUAAAGGGAUCCCAGCAGCUCGUAAAGAAAUACAAACAAAUUUUAUCAAACACAAUAACUUCCAGGUUCUGCUUACGACGUAUGAAUAUAUCAUUAAAGAUAAAGCUGUUCUCUCGAAACUACGUUGGGUCUAUAUGAUCAUCGACGAAGGGCAUCGUAUGAAGAACACCAAUUCCAAAUUAUCCACUAUUCUGACGCAUAGUUAUCAAUCUAGAUAUCGACUUAUAUUAACAGGAACACCUUUGCAGAAUAAUUUACCGGAACUAUGGUCUUUGUUGAACUUUGUACUGCCCAAAAUUUUUGAUUCCGUUAAAAGUUUUGAUGAAUGGUUUAAUACGCCUUUUGCACAUACUGCCGGUCAAGACAAGAUCGAACUAAAUGAAGAAGAAAAAUUGUUGAUUAUCAAACGUUUACACAAAGUACUUCGUCCGUUCUUAUUACGCCGGCUCAAAAAAGAUGUAGAAUCGGAAUUACCAGACAAAGUAGAACGGGUCAUAAAAUGCAAAUUUUCUGCCCUUCAGACAAGACUCUAUAACCAAAUGAAAAAACACGGAAUGUUGUUUGUCAAUACUGGCGAAAAAGGACAGACCGGUAUUAAAGGGCUUAAUAACACCAUCAUGCAACUUCGAAAAAUAUGUAAUCAUCCAUUUGUAUACGAAGAAGUGGAGCGAGAUAUUAAUCCCAAAAAACUCACUAAUAACCUGAUAUAUCGGGUCUCAGGAAAAUUCGAACUACUUGACCGUGUCUUGCGCAAACUUCGUGCUACUGGUCACAGAGUUCUCAUCUUUUUCCAAAUGACUGCUAUAAUGAACAUCAUGGAAGAUUUCCUCAAUUACCGCUCCUAUCGAUAUCUUCGUCUAGAUGGUUCAACUAAAGCAGAAGACAGAUCGAUCUUACUGAAAAAAUUCAAUGAUCCUGAUUCGCCGUACUUUGUAUUUUUGCUGAGUACGCGUGCUGGUGGUCUUGGCUUGAAUUUACAAAGUGCCGAUACUGUCAUCAUCUUCGAUUCGGACUGGAAUCCCCAUCAAGAUCUUCAAGCUCAAGAUCGUGCACAUCGUAUUGGUCAAACAAAAGAAGUUCGGAUUCUGCGUUUGAUUACACAAAAAUCAAUUGAAGAGACUAUACUUGCACGAGCUCAGUACAAACUGGACAUUGACGGAAAAGUUAUUCAAGCCGGUAAAUUCGAUCAGAAGAGUACCGCCGAAGAACGGGAAGCAUUUUUACGAUCAUUGCUUGAAGGCGAAAAUGAUGAGGUUAACGAUGUCAAUGACGACGAAGAACUUACAGACGACGAACUCAAUGAGAUUAUUGCGAGAAAUGAUGAUGAGCUCAGACUGUUCAAAGAGAUAGAUAAGCAGCGGAUGGCCGAGGAUCAAAGAGAAUGGACUGGUAAAGGAAAACCCGAGAGGCUCAUACAAGAUAACGAAUUACCUCAUGUAUACUUGCAAGAUGGUGAUGCCCUACUUAAACGCCAUGAACAAGAUGUAGAGUAUGGUCGUGGCCAGAGAGCCAGGAACGAAGUACAUUAUGACGAUGGAUUAACUGAAGAGCAGUGGAUGAAUGCUCUCGAAAAUGAAGAUGAAAUUGCUGAAGUGAUAGCCAAAAAUCAAGCUAAAAAACGGCGACGAGAAGAACGUAAAAGCAAGAAAAUUGACAAGACACAAAGCACAGAAAUGCAACAACAACAGCAAACAUUCCCAUUCAUAAAAACAGAAGAGGAACAAGCACCCGUUGUUGCCGAAUCAUCAUCUAGAAAGAAACGAGCAUCUGGUCCAGCUCUUGACUUACCCAUUGAAUCAACAACAGCCAUCACAUCAUCAUCGUCGUCGGCAAAACGAAAAGGAAAGAGGAAAGCCGAGACGACCGAUGACACACCCAAACAAGCCCCAAAGAAAAGAAAGAACACCAGUGGAAAAGCGGUUGUUGACACUGUGCCUCAAGAAGUUCGCGAAAAGUUGAACCGAAUCUUUAAGGAACUUUACGAGGUCAUUGAAAACUGCACAGACUACGAAGAUGGGGAGGCACGCCAGCGAUGUUUCUUGUUCAAAGAACUGGUUCGUAAACAAGAUUACCCGCAGUACUACCAACUAAUCAAAAAGCCUAUUGCUAUGAAAGUCAUCCAGAGGAAAGUGAAAAAUAACGAGUACUCGUCGGCUCAGGAGUUCCGUGAUGAUUUCCACUUAAUGUUCAAUAAUGCGAUGGAGUUUAACGAAACUGACUCGCAGGUCUAUAAGGAUGCCGUAAUCAUGAAACAAGUGUUUGAUCAAAGGUAUAAUGAGCUCGUUAACAGCGGAGUUUGA